AAAAAUAAUGUAAACAUGGUGUGUUCAUUGAUGUCCCAUUUGUAUUAGCUAGUCUAACAGAACCUCAAAUGGGCUAUGGGUGAUGGUAGGGUAAGAAACAUAGCAGAUAUCCUAUGAAUCCUUAACAACCUUACAUUUCUUCAUCAUUUGCCAAAAUCACAUGGCAUGUCCCUGAUCCAAUAUUUAUCUACUUAACUACUCGUCUCAAGAUCGAUUUACCUAAUCCAAUCUCUCGCUUUAACAUAUAUAUCAGCACCGAUUUUCCAGCUGUCUUUUUCCAAUCUUUAAGUUGCCUUCCGACAUGAAUUUUGUAAAUACCCCAUUUUGUUGAUUAGUUAGAAGACAGAUGCAUGUGAUACCAUCUUAUUUCAUUAAUUUCAGCAUCUCUAUAUAUUUUCUCCAAAUACUCUUCUGCUCAAACCAACAAUUUCACAUUCUCUUCAAACACUCCUUUCCAAGAAAAACAUUCAAUUCUCUCAAACAUAUUUAUAAUCAUUCAUCCAAGAAACAAUGGCAGUAAGAUUUCCUAGUGUUCUCCGUGCUUCUUUCUUGUCUACAAAGAAAUCUCCUUCAAGAUCUUUAGAUGUGCCGAGAGGUUUCUUGGCUGUGUACGUCGGUGAGACAGAGAAGAAGCGGUUCUUGGUUCCAGUAUCGUACUUGAACCGGCCUUCAUUCCAAGAUUUGCUCAAUAAAGCAGAAGAUGAAUUUGGAUAUGAUCAUCCGAUGGGUGGUCUAACGAUUCCUUGCACAGAAGAGGAUUUCAUUGAUGUCACUUCCAACUUGAGCAGAGCAUAAAUAAGAGAAUAUGUAGAGCUUUACACUGACUACAAACAGUUUUGUACCAUAUAGGAAUUUCAUAUUCAAUGUAAAUAUAUAAUCUCUUCGAACUAUUUGUUACUAAAGUAAAUAUACAGAUUCAUAAGAAUACUCACA